AUGUUACAGCUGUCGGGACUAAGUCAGCUCAUUACGUAUUCCGUGCAAGCUGAUAAUGCAGAGAAAAAUGGGAGACGGGGACAACAAGGCCACCUAUAUAGUAAGCGCCGUGUUGGCUGCAGUAAUGAUGCUAAGCACAGGACUACUCCUGCUUGGGGUGCACAAGCUUUGAGUGUGGUAUUUAUUCGUCUGCAGGAACGCGAGGGGUUCCUGAAGCCGUGGCUGAUCCUGUACAGCAUUCUUGCAGGCAUCGCGAUCCUUGUGUCCAUCAUCGGAGCCAUCGUGGCAUUCGCUGUUGCAGAAGCGGUGAUUGGCGCUGCCUUGCUCAUCACUGGCAUCCUCUUGCUGCUCAUCUACGGCUACUGUCUAGUCGUAGUCUACAGUUACUACCUGAGCCUUUCUGGCAUUCAGCCUGGGACAGUGUAAAAUCCAACGAUUUUGCAAUAGACUUUUCAUAUUCUUUCUUCUUUCAGAAUUAUGUUGUGCCAUUAAAGAAAACCGUUUUGAAUAUGCGGCAUGUGUUGGGGCGGUAAAAAUAGAAAGAACCUGACUAGCUGAAAACUAAAUAGGGCAUGAUGAAUUUUUAUUUUAUGUCUUUUAACCGCAAAAUGUGAUGUGAAUUCCUUGCAACCUUCCGUUUUCUUCUAUGGAAAGACAUGCAACGGAAUUCGUAUUUUUUUAUUAAAAAUAAAAUGUCAUACUUUUUAGAUUAGAUUAACGAUAUAAUUUAAAAAAUCUUAAAAACUGUUUAUUAUAUUUGAGAUAUUUUUUAUAUGGUCGAUAAUAACGAAUUUUUUUCUUCUUCUCAUUGAUCGUUUAUAUCUGACAAAAUUACUCACUAGUUAUUCCUGUAGGCGGCAAACUUUCCUCAUUGAUCGAUGCCCAGCCAGGUUGUUACCUUUGAUGUGCCAAUUCCAAACGAACAGUUCACAUGAUAGCGAUAAGAAGCUCUCGAGAUAAGGUGAAACGUGACGCCCAACGCGUUAAAAUAAUUCCAGGAAUCGCCUUCAGCUGUGUCAACGGACAAUUCAAUUCAUUUCCGUUGCGAAAGAUAUCGUUUUCUCAGAGACAAUACUAAGUGUACUUCACUUAACAGUGAACCCACAUGGUGGCUUUUGAAACUACAGCAUAGCCCUUUCACUUGUUGCUAAGUGAGUUUGUCUCGGCAGAUACGUAAUCGGCUUCAUACACUACACGUUGUAGAAUCGUCAUUCUCUACAGCACAAAUAUUUCGUGUAGCGCUGACUGUUCGAUAAACGUCUGUGCUGCUAGACAAUGCCUAGUGGACGGUUGUUUGUUGUUUUUUUUCGUGAGGAUGUGUUGUGAAAUAUUGAAUGUUCAUGUAAGAUUGAAUGAGAUGACUUGUUUUUGUACGAAUUUAUUGAUAAGAUUUGUGAAUAAAAUAUUUAUUGUAUAACUUA